ACAAAAGACACAUGUUACAAACACACUAAAAUAAAUUAAACAAUCUAAUUACAACAAUUAACAUUUUGAAGUGCACAUGUCAACAUGAUAGAAGAGGAGGAAGUGCACGAGAACCUGAAAACCUCCUUUUUGAGGGAGGUAAUCGUGGUAGAUAAAUCCGAUAGCGAAUCUUCGUCAGAUGAACCACCGUCUUCCGAUGAAGAUCAACCGUAUGAACGACCAAAAAUUGAUCUACCUCCGGAAUAUUGGCACAUUCAAAAACUGGUCAAGUAUAUUAAAACCGGCAAUCAAUCAGCAACUGUUGUGGCUUUGUGUUGCCUUAAAGAUCACGAUCUGACUGAUGAAAUCAAUCAGCUGGCCAUUCAAGAUAUUGGUGGUUUGGAAAUAUUGAUCAACCUCCUGGAAGGCAAUGAUCUUAAAUGUAAAUUGGGGACGCUGAACGUUUUGAGAGUGUUGUCUCAAACCGAGGAACUGCGCAGAUGUAUGACGAACCUGGGCGGCGUCGAUCUGCUGAUCAGGAACUUGUCGGAGCCGGCAAGGGAUUUGCAAAUAUUAGUGGCGGAAACCAUCGCCAACGUAGCCCAAAUUAAAAAGGCUAGGAAACAUGUCAGACGAUUCGGGGGUAUACCGAAGCUUGUCGACUUCUUAGACGUCAACGAAAGUUAUCUGCAGACCGAGUUAAGCCGCAUGAACUCCGAUGAGUUGGAGAUAGUCAGUUUGGUUACAGCUGCGGCGAGAGCUCUUCAGUCUUGCUCGUCCAGCAGGAAGAACAUAAGAAUAAUGAUGAAGAGUGGGUGCGUGCCCCUUUUAGCACGACUAUUAAGAACCAUCCACAUGGACGUGGUAAGACCAACUGUAGGAAUCUUGUCGCAGUGUGCAGCUGAUCAAGCUUAUCAACUGGCGAUACAAACCGAAGUUAUGAUCAAGGACGUAGUGCGACACCUCACCGCCGAAGAGUUUCCCAUUUUACGUCGGUAUUGUGCGGAAACUAUAUUUCGUUGUGCCGAAGACCCGAUUACUAGGGACCAAGUCAGGCAAUUCGGAGGUCUGGACCCUUUAGUUGCGAUGCUCUCCAACCCCAAAACUAGGGCGGACACUCCUCUUAUGGCCUCCGUAACCGGAGCAAUUUGGAAGACUGCUGUUAGUGCCGCCAACGUCGAGCGAUUGGAUCAACUAGGUUGUGUCAAUGUUUUGGUGAAACUCUUAGAAAAUAUAGACGAAGACGAGGGAGUGUUAAGCAAUGCAGUGGGGGCCCUUUGCGAAUGCCUUAAGUUUGAGCACAACAGAAACACUCUUCGUAGAGCUGGGGGAAUUGCUCAUCUCGUCAACCUACUAAACUACACAUACCCCCCUUUAUUAGAGAACGUUCCCAUGGUACUGAGAGAAUGUGCUUUGGACGAGGACUGCAUGAGGAUCAUUGAGGACUUGGAUGGAGUACGACUCAUCUGGUCACUCCUGAAGAAUCGCUCGCCAGCAGUGCAAGCAAACGCAGCAUGGUCUCUAGUUCCAUGCAUAAGGAACGCCACAGAUUCGGGCGAAAUGGUGCGCUGCUUCGUCGGAGGCCUGGAGCUGAUCGUCAACCUUUUGAAGUCCAAGGAUAAUCGCGUUUUAGGUUGCGUGUGCGCUGCCAUAGCCGAAAUCGCCAAGGACAAAGAAAACUUGGGCGUCAUAACCGACCACGGGGUGGUACCGAUGUUGGUGAACCUAGUGGACACUGAUGAUGUGUUCUUGAGGGAACAUCUGGGCUCGGCCAUAGCGUACUGCAGCGAAUGGGGUUCCAACUGCAAACAAUUCGGACGGUUGGGCGCCAUAACGCCUUUGGUCCAGUUCAUGAGCGACCACGAUCCGAACGUGCACAGAACGACGGCACUUGCCCUUUUCCAUCUGUCCUUCAAUUCGUUCAAUUGCAUAACGAUGCACGAGAGCGGCGUCGUGCCGUUUCUGUUGAAGACCGUCACUUCGACCGAUUACGAACUGCAGGAAGCAGCUGCUGGUUGUCUGGCGAAUAUCAGGAAGCUGGCGUUGAGGGCGGAGACCACUCAUUUGAUUCGGGACGACGAGGAAGAGGAGGAGUUACAAGAUGAAGACAACUUUAUGUGACUUUUGUAAUUUUUACUAUUAUACAAAUAUAAUUAUACUUUAGGGUAA